AAGCCACGGGGUCCUUUCUCCUGCUGUCAGAAGAAGACUGCCUUCCAGCGUGUCCGCAAGCAUUGUGUGGGCCAUUCUUCACUUGUCCUCAAUUUGCGCGCCAGUGAAGACCGUCGUCAUGACAUUAUCAAAGCUCACGAGCCCAGCCGACAACGACCAGGAAAGUGAGGGACCGGCGGCGGGGCAAAGCGACACUGCGCGCUUCCACAGCCGCGCUCACAAGCUGGCCACGCUCAUCACGAUGACCACGGGAAGCGCGAACGCGGCCAUGUUUCCCAUGAUGUUCAUCUUCUACGGAGGAGUGCCGUUCCUGCUGGCGUACCUUGUCGUGCUGGCGACCGUGGCGAUGCCGAUGCUGCAGCUGGAGAGCAACCUGGCCCAGUUCGCCGGAGACGGAAACUGCGGCAUCUUCAGCACCGUUCCGCUGUUCCUCGGCACGGGCUACGCGCUGACGUUGUACGUAAUCCUGCGCGUGGUCGCCGACUCGUUGCCCCUGUCCGACGUGCUCCUGCAGAUGGCCGGUGUGGGAGGAUCCACUGUCCCGUGGAGCGGGUCCUGUGCCGGCGGGUGGACGGCGAACAACCGCACCUGUUACGCCAUCAAGCGGGGAUCGGUCCCGUGCCGAAUGUUGCGCGGUCGAUUCGUGGACUCGUUCCGGCGCGUGGCACUCGGUGAAGGCCUGCCUCUGCUGCGCGGUGACCAGGUGGUGCUGGUGCCGUCCAAGUCCUACCACAACAACGCCACCGGGUGCAUGCCCGACUUGUACACACAGGCACCCACCUACGGCUUCCGACGUCAGCAGAGUUGGGCGGAGCACACGUUCGACAACAUCCGGGCACAGCCUCUGGUCUCGGUGGCUGCCAUUUGGGUCCUGGUGUUCGCGCUCGCCCACGGUGGUUUCAUCAGGCUCAAGAACUUCUUCUAUGUGAUGCUGGGCCUACACGUUACAACUGCCAUCAUGCUGCUUCUACGGGCCUUGACCUUGGAAGGUGCCAUCAGAGGACUCCACACGUUCGCCUACGCAGACUGGAGUCACGUAGUCAGCGUGGAGAUGUGGUCCCAGGCCCUGUACACGUGCCUAGAGAGCGUGGGCGUCACGGGAACCGUCUACUUGGGCGUCCAGAGGUUCAACUCCUUCAAGAACAACUUCCACGAAGACGUGAUGGCUGUACUCGUGGCUGACACCGCCUCCAAAGGUAUCUGCACCUUCAUGGCCUUCCUCUACCUCGGCCACUUGUCCGCCAGCAUGGGCGUCGAUGUCAGGAUGCUCAUUGACUACGGGUCCAGCUUCAUCGUGAGCAUCACGCCGCAAGCCGUGAGCCUAGCUCCGGACCCGGAGAUCUGGAGCCAAGUGCACCUCCUAUGGCUGCUCUCGACGAUGGUGCCCAAGUUCCUGAUUGUCCCCGACAUCAUCAUCGAGGCACUGUCGGCGCCGUACCCGUUGAUCCUGCGGCACCGCACAGCCACGCACUUUAUGAUCUGCAGCCUGAUGUUCAUGAUAAGCGUCGUGGGCUGCAGCAGCGGCGGCGCCAGCGUUGUCUCCGUGUUGGCCCACACACAGGGCCAGGGCUUCCGCCUCCUGUUGGUAGCGCUUGAGUCCGUGGUCAUCCUUCAGUUCUACGGUGCGCGAAGGCUGUCCAUCGAUGAGCACGCCAUGACCAAUCGCAAUCCGAGCACUUUCGUCAAGAUCUGCUGGACGUCGGUCGUGCCGCUCGUCGUCGCUGUUGUCGUGUGGGGCAAAGUGGCGAGCACUUCGUGCCACGACUACCCCAUCUGGCUCACUUUCAUCAUUAUCUGGUUCGCAUCGCUCGAGUUCAGCUUCAUACCCGUCUUCGCGGUUACCCUGCUGGAGUGCACAAAGCUGAAAGCCAAGCAGAGCGUCGCUCCGCUGCCUGUGCGGGUACCGUCGAGCUGGGAGCAAGCCAUGAUCUAUCGGCAGCAGAUCGCGGUCGAAGUAAUCGACAAACGGAAGGUGCUCGAGAAACGGAGCACGCUAAUGGCGGCGUCACAAGUGGCACCCGGUCGACAGCCAUCCCACAAGACGCGCGACUCCAACACGUCCCCGAACUCCGAUACGGAGCGCAUGGCGAAGAACUUGUACGUCGCCUCCGAUCGCUCAAAACGCGACGUCCAGUCGCCGAGCGACUGGCGCAACUUCUCCAUAGACGACGAGUCUCCACCGGCCAGGAAGUCCAAGAAGAGGCGACCGUCGCGCAAGUCCGCCCCCGAAACGGGAACGUUGCACGAAUCCCGAAACUUGAGCUCGCUGCGCCGGUUAGCGAGGCGGGCUCAAGAGAAGCCAGCCAAUCCGACGAAGGGUAAGCCGGCCGCCUUUAUCGAAUCCACGCCGAGGUCCGUACUGGCAGAGGCCCCCAAGCCGCUUUACUUUCUUCCCCCCGUCGUCACUCCCGCAGUAGCCGACGUUCCCCUUCCAAACCCGGUGGACAAGAUCAUGCCCACGGCGGCAGAGCGCGACAAAGCCAGCGACGAAAGUGGCGACAGCUUCGAUGAGAUGGACUUCGUCGUCGACUCGGCGCACGGGCCCAUAGUGUCCGCUCCGGUACCUUUAACGGAUGCCGUCCUUCCAAAGCCGUCGGCCAAGCGGCUGCCGGUCAUCGUGAAGUCAUUCGAGGAUGAAGGCGACAAGCCGGAUUUCCUGCAGCGGUACCAGAACGCGGCGUCGGGCCCAGAACCAGCGUUCCAAGUUCGGCCCGCUAGACCGACCAGCAACUUGCCCGUCGCCACGCACACUUCGGCGACGGCAUCUGCUAUCCCUGCUGGAGCCGGUGCUCCGACUUCUCUAGCGCACGGCGAGACCUCUGGCCCGCGCAUGCUACGAGACGAAGAGGAGGCAGCCGGCCGGAGAGAAGAGCGUCAGGUGCCAUCGAUGCCGCCCGAUGGGCGACGCACUCCCGUCAGGAGAGCCUCGCGCAAGCGAUCGAUGUCGCGAAGGUCGUCGACGACUUCUCAGAAGCCGGGCAGCUUCGCCACCUCUGGCCAACGCGUGGCGCAAGUGCCACAGGUGGCUACGCAGGCAUCCUCCUCAGUCGCCUCAGCAAAAGCGCCUUCUUCAGGUUCAGUCACCCCAGCCGAAGCAGCACCCGGAAAGCUGUUGCAGAGCCAACGCCGGAAGGUGUCCAGGCUGGGUCAGACGAGCGACAAGCCGCCGUCAGAUGACCGGCAGUCGGCCAAGGACCAUGAGUUGAGCAAAAGUGCUUCCGAGCCAACCGGGUCUGCUGGGCAUCGAACGGCGCUUGCCGUUGGCGUUGCCACUACCGGAGGGCCUUCAGACAUUGGUGGAGCAAGCGGCGAGAUUAAGCAGGCCGUGCAGGAUGAACCAUCGCCCGCGCAAACAGGGCCUACCGGCAAGACGCUCCACACGGCGGUAGCAGCAUCUGAAGCCGCGAGGUCGACGGGAAAGCACACAGUGGGCGUCGAGGAACAUCCUGGGAAGCACAAGCCAUCGUUGUCCGAGCCUCGGCAAGAUGGGGCGAAAAGUGUCGAAAGUUCCAAGGCACAGCACCUAGAUACGAGGACCGUGACCGCUGCCUCACAGCCUGAGGCUACCGACCACAGCAAGCGAUCCGGCGGCAAGACGAUCCGGUCGCUUCGCAAGCUCGUCGUCGGCCUCAGGCCCCGUUCGCGUCAGCCGCCCCUCUCCCGCAAGAGUCUCGACUCGAAUCAGAGCGUCGAGGAUGCAGUUGCUGCCAGGGCGACCGACGUUUCUGCAGUGUCCGCCGAAAGCGCCGCUCGGGAACCAGACAACCCGGUUUCGGCGUCGGUGGCUUCUGUGGCCGGAACGUCGGCGGCGCAGUUCACCAAUCCCCAAGCGCCAGAGAUUGAAGCCGCGACAGGACUCGUUCAGCAGUGGGACAGGACCACUGUCUCUGGACAGUGGGCUGCCGCGGAUCCUCCACCCACCAUCGUCGUGCACAAGUCAGCCUCACAGAUGCCGGCCAAGACGACGUCCAGCGGGACGUCCAGCGGGACGCUCCAGUCGUCGUCGCUCGCCACGGAAAGCGAGCGCGGUCCCACCGCUGCUGCAGCUCGCGUGAAAGCAAAGGACGCGGUGCCCGGCGACGCUGCUCGUUCCGCGGGCGUCCAGAGUCUCAAGGAAUCGCGGGACGCUUCAGCCAAGACCAGUGCUCUGCGAAAACGCCGUUCCCGUCGCUCGAAGAAGGGGCGGCAAACGAGCGACGAACGGGACGACCCCGAAUCAGACGGCCACCAGUGAUUGACUGGUGGCACCAGCCUCCGAGAUCCUUGUCGCUUGCGGCGCUCAGCGCCCGUUCCAGGAGACCAUACGCCAGUGGAUGCCGGUUUCGGGAACGUGCUCCCCGAGGCUCCCCUCGCCGCCCUAUAGCAGUGCCCGUAAAGCUUUUUUUCAGGCAAAGACCCAAGAAGUUGGAAAUGAAGGAGAACUCUUGCAUUCUUGGAGGGGCUACAUUCCCGAGCACCACUGUGUUUCGAUCGAAGUGUUCUUUUUUAUUUUUGUUCUUGUUCUUGGGAACACAUUCAGAUCUUGACAAGCGCGCCAUCGACGCUCUUGAAUACACGAGUAGUUAUGCGUCCUUUUUACCCCGCCGCUACUUUUGUCCCUAUCACAGGACACUACUGCCGCGAUCCUCAAAGCGAGCUAAACAUUGUGUUCAUGAACUGUGCAUCACGAGUUGUCAUGUGGAUCUGAAGCAGAGGCCAGCAACGCGCUUCCAUAUCUGUGGGCGCGUCGAAAGCAUUGCUAUAUUAAUUGUGCCUAGUAGGUACUUUAUAAUCUUUCUGAUAUACCUAAGAGCGUUGAAAUUAACAACAGCAGCUUCAUCUUUGCAGGUGUAUGGCCUGCAAUUCGAUAUUUGUGUGGAAUACGUGACUUCGAAGAACAUGCGCCAAGAAAUGUCUCAUUCUGCAUACUUUCGCUAAAUCAUUGGCUGCCUCAUUAUGGUCUCCAUCAUCCUGUGCUUCUAUACAUAGCGUCUUCAUUUAUUUUGUUACCCUGCUUCUUCACACUCUGCGCUUUUCCUCGAGCAUUUGAGCAUCUCUGAGCACGUAAUACAUAGAUAACACGAUGUUCCGGACGAAAGUGUUCCCUUUUCAAGUGAACUUCCUGAUAAACUGCAAAUUCGGCUAAGUGCGGGACAUUACUUAGGUAGGCUUGAUUCGUAAGCCGUCGUUUCUGUGUACUCGUGUGCUCAGAUUGACGAAGAUGUGGUCAAGAAUGUUUUCUACUUAUGGUUCAAUUUACGUAUUCAAGUAAAAUUGGUCAUACGCACGUGCGUGUUCGUGCACAGUAAGUACCUGCAGAGUUUGCUGCUUUUCGGGCUCGGUUAGCGACAAUUCAAAGACGCUGAAUAUUGGGAGCAUGGUGUUAUUCUCAUUAAAACGCGCACACCAGAGAGCUUGACGCCAUUUUUUAGCUUCAGCGAGUCGUUCCGUCGGUCGUGCAUGCAAAUGGGUGUUCUGUCAUGAGCAUAUGCCUAAAUUGUGAACGAGGCUGCAAACGAAACAAAAUGUUGCAGGAAGAUGGAGAUACUAUUCAACAGGGACAACAAGUAAAACCUCGCCGUGGAGUUCCGACUAAGCUACGUCGGCUUAACGGCCGCCUUUUGACUGACUGUUUUGAAACAGUGACUUCGGACUGAGGUCAGAUUCCUGUGUUCACCAACUGGUCGAAUAGCCUUCCAAGACUCCGCUGAACUAAUUGUUGAUUAAAGGGAAAAUUUUCGUCCACCCGGCUACAGCACAGCACGCGCGAGCUGGGGGAUUAGACGCGCAAAGUCAUCUCAAUCCCUCCGAACUGCAAAGAAAACUCGUGUGGUUAUCUCUAAAAAAAGGUUUUAUAUUUGAAAAAUUUCUCCCAAUCCUGGAAUCGAACGCGAAGCCAACGCCUUUACGAGGCGGCCGUGUUGCUGUUUCACAUAACCACGUGAUUAUCAGAUCGCAUAAGCUUGCAAAAACGAGUAGUACGAAUUUUUGAAAACUACCAUGGUAGGCCGCGUGACUUACGCACAUACAGUCUCUUCGGCAAACAUUUACUAAUCCGAGCAAAUGAAGUAUUUUAUUAUAACUACUGUUACAUAUAAAAAACACAGGCUCCAUGUUGUCAGCAUACCCACUUCUCCUCGAUACCCAUUACGUUAUCAAAUCAAGAAAAUACCAUUCACGCGUACUAACUACGGACGUCAUGAUAUAAACUAUCAAAUACGAAGACUACUAGACAUCGUUAAGCAAAAAAUGGAUUUCUGUGCGCCUAACUUUAGGCAAUGUAAAAGAAACCUUCUCAUACACAAUCAAAUUAUUUAUACAUAAAAUGCUAUUGCACUAAAAUUUAUUAUGCACUAUAUAUGUAUUCCUUAAUCUGCGCUGUAAUGUGAAUGCACAAAAACUGAAGCGUAAAUGUUUUUUUCCCAUAGUCAUUCUAUAAUGUACACAUUAUCUUGUUUAUUUGUAUUUUCGACAUCGUACUUGCUUGUUUCU